AGCGACGUUCAAACGGCGCAGAGGCACUUGACCUCGCCGCUCCCGACAUCAUGAUGAUGUCUCUGCUCGAGAAGGAGGCGCGCGACCCGGUGGAGGUGCUGCGCGUCAAGCUGAAGGACUCGACGUCCACGUCGCUGCUCAACUCGCAGCUGGUGAGGCUCGACUCUCGAUCGUUGACCAAGUCAUAAAGAAAUUUUCAUAAAUUAAAAAAAUGUGUUCGCAGUUACAAGAGAUCAAAAGUGACUACAUGGCUAAGCAGGACAGCACCACGGGGCAGCUGGCAGGUUUUGUACAGGCCCAAGUGGACGAGAUCGAGCGAGCCAGCGCAUUACUAGAGUUAGAGACACCUGUCAAGCAAAUUGUCAAUAAUUUGAACGACUUGGGGCAGAACUGCCGCCGAAUGAACGAGGAGCUAGGCGAGAAGAAAGUCUCUUCCUCUGGUGUGAGUAUCGCUCGACGCAACUUGAAGGAACUGGAACAUCAGAUGGUGUUCUAUGAGGAGCUACCCAAGAAGGUUCAAGGGCUGCACGAUGCUCUAGACGGUGGACUCAUGAGCUUCGUGGACGUUUACAUCAAGUGGCAAGAGAUUGAUGAUUGGAGGCAGAAGACGUUGCACGAGUUAAGUGUUGCUGCCGUAGAGAAGAGUGACGAGCUCGGGAACAGUAAAGCUCAGGCGCGUGUAUUGGCUUCGAUGGGGUCGAGAUUGAGCGCAAUUGAGAGUGUACAGAAGCGCAUUUACGCUGAAGUAUGGGGCUGUAUGCACCACUGUGUGGAAAUAGCACAAUAUGGCAAACAGCGACUCAUGGAUGCCUUUCAAGUGCUGGAUAUGAUGGAAACACGACGUCAACGCUUCGUGGAUUCGAAGAAGGAGGUGUAUCUGGACAACCAGUUGAAGCCUGUCGCUGAGUUUAACAUGACGAUACGAGAAAGGUGCAAGACUGAGAUCAUGACGUCACUUGCGAAGCGUAUCGAAGGCAUUUUUCGCGCCGCUGAAGGCGAAGCAGAGGUCGCGAAGAAGGACUUAUUCACUCCGGUUCUCGAGGCUGCGACCCAGUUGAUGGUGGACCUGGAAAUUGUGCAGUCCGAUGUGGCACCAUGUUUCCCGAGUGAGAUUGAUGUGGUGCAUUUGUUCACGAGCACAUACAACGCUCAACUUGAUAAUGAGAUCACGAAGCUCAGCGAGAGAUCCGACGUCGGGAUUGCACAGCGUCUACAGAUUGUCCAAUGGAUCGACUACUACAACACGGAAAUCAUCAAGUACAAGCAUUCGCGAGCGUCAAUCGUACUGGACAGAACUUCUCAGGAGCUUAUGGAGGGCUAUCUGGAUGAGAUUAAAGUCCAGAUCCACACGUGGAUAACUAAUAUCUGGAAGCGAGACGAGGAGUGUGUUGUGGGGCCUCAGGGUGAGCUGCAGUCAACUCGUCCCAACGACAUUGUGAAUAUCUUAAAGUCCCAGAUCUCGAUCGCACAGGAGUGGUUGAGUGGGCGAUUGGUGGGGUGCGUGGUCGCAACAUGCCUACAAGUCCUCAUGGAGGAGUUAAAAAUCCGGUACGAUAGCAUCGCUGGCAAACUGGAGACGGUUGAUGCAGAAAUGCUGUGCUCCUUUAUCAACGAUGCAGAGAUUCUCCAGGCGAAAUGUCCAGAGUUGGUCGAGGAGAUAUCGUUCGCUGAAACCGAUUCAGAGGAGAAAGAAGCCUUCGACACGUUCAUGGGAGAUAGCUUGGAUACCACGUCGACUGAUAUUGUCGCUUUUGCCACGAACGCUUGCGAUUUAAUCGUAAGCAAGAUUUUCCACGAAGUGGAGCAGGACACAACAAAGCUAUGGUUUUCGAAGAAAUGGGACGAAGGUGCUCCUGUGGUUGAGACUUUGUUAGCCACUCUUGACGAUUACUACCCAGACUUGAAGAAGUGGAUAUUCGGAUCGUUUUUCUUCUCCAAGGUUGUUCGGCAAUGCUUGAAUCGGUGUGUAAAAGAAUACUGCGCGAGAUUGAUCCAGCGGACCCAUUCUUUUUCAACCCCAGCAAGCACAGCUGCAACCGUCGACAACGACUUGCAUAAUUUUGUUCAAUUUUUCAACAAGUACAGUGCUGAUCUCCGUCGAACAGGAAUCCGCUCAGAAGAAGAUAUCAAAAAAGAGUUCACUGCAGUACAAGUGAUCAGCUGUACUUUACGAGGCGAGGCUCCUCCAGACUGUACUCAACAAGAAACGGGAGAAGUUCUCCGUCAUGUAGUCAAACUGAUCAAGACGACGUCGACUCAAGAUGCAUCUAGCCACAAGACAAAAGACAAACCGGUGAAAGAAGGAAGUGUGAAGAAGAAACGCUUCGGUGCUAUUUCGAAAGGCAAAAAGAACAAGACAAAGGAUAAACCCGAAGCUGCCAAAGCUGGUGCUUCGGAGGCUGGUAAAGAGUCAAGCUCACGUGCAAACUCCUUCAGUCAGCAGGACGAAGAUGGCGACAGUUUUACCGUGCAGAAACUCGAUAUGGCGGCGUUUCUGGGCAACUAAACCGAUUGAAAAGGUUUUUGCAGUCUCAACUCCAGCUGCAAGUACAAUUCCUUCUCUGUGAAGAGAUGAAUACGUUUACGUUUCGGAUCCAUCGGCUUCUGGUACAGCUCCAACACCACAGGUCCGUCUUUGAUCUCAUCCAUCUCGAGCAGAGCCCAGCACCGACAACUCUUCUUACGCUUCUUGGCUUUGUAGUGGAAGAACUCGAAGGUAAUAGCAGCUCCGUCUGAAUCACAAGCAACGAAAUUAGCAGAGUUCUCGGUCUUGAGGACGAAUAAUUAACUUACGAUCCUCCAUCUUCCGCACGUUCGUGGCGAGCUGAAUAUUGGCAUUAAACGUCACAUACUGCGGUUCAUUACAUGCCCCUACUCCAGUCUCACGGCUCUCCUCCAUCGCUUUGCCACUGUAGUCUAACAACAUAUUCAAGAGGAAUGAGUGGGUCAUUGCAUCUCUAGACGCCUGCAAAGCUUACCGAAGACGGAGACUGCCAUUGUCGGGUUGACAUACACACAGGCAUCUUUCAACCCAACCUUUGUGAUCCGGAUAUCCAGGUACGUAGCUCCAGGAGAUCGCAGCACUG